AAGGAGAAGGGGAGGGUGAGGCAGAGGAAGAGAGAGGGAAAGAAGAUAAGAAGUUUGUCUGUUGAAGGAGGCAGUUGUAGGAAGAUCUCUGCCUCUAUUUUCAGUGUCGUGAGUCCAGCUUUUGUGAUCAAGAUCAAAAUGAUCUUUGGUUCCAGGAUGAUCUGAUGGUUCCAGGAUAUGCUUUCUGUUCUUUACAAUAAGAAUAACAGCCACUGAUUUCUUGCUUCUAUGGCUAGCAUGAUGGAUCUAAGGACAUGGAUUGAGCCUGUUGUUGGUGCGGCUGAGCUUGCCAGCGCUUUCUUUGAUACAGGACUACUGCUAGUGGUAAAGAACUACUACAACCAGACCAAUUCUUCUUCCUUACCCACUUCAGCCCAUGCCAGUGAGACAGCACAGCAGAAAGCCAUCUCCAAUUUCUUCAUUAUCUACAGACUGGUGGAUGGCCUGACCCCACUAGUGUCAGCUUAUGGCCUAGCCAAAUUGGGUGAUCUGAAGAACAGGAAGAUCUCCAUCUGCGUGCCUCUGGCUGGCUAUUUGCUCUCUCGGAUUCUUUUGCUCCUCUUGAUCCUCUUGGAGUGGCCCAUCGAGGUGAUGUAUGGAGCUGCUGUCUUGCAUGGUCUGACAGGAGGCUACACCACUUACUGGGCUAGUGUCAUGGCCCUGGGGUCCCAGGGUUCCUCUGAGAGCAGGAGAUCAUUACGCCUCAUCAUUAUAGAGCUCAUCUAUGGCAUAGCUGGUUUUUUGGGCAGCAUUGCAUCUGGUCACCUCUUUGUCAGCUUCCACCUUACUUAUCAACAUGGCACAGUCUUGGUAUCUUCCAGUGUUGCCUUAUAUGCAUUUUGCCUUAUCUACAGUCUCUUUGUCCUCAGAGUGCCCAAGCCUGGAAGUCCUCCCCCAGCAGCUUCUUCCUUUGACAAGGACCAUCCUGACAGCAAGUUGGCUGAUGAUGAAGGAGAUUCCAUAUUUCCUGAAACCAAAAGCCCUUCCAUGAUGGUUCCUUCCAAGCUCAUCAUUGCCAUGCUUUUUAUGGGAGCCAUCAUGUAUGACUUAGCUGUCGCAGGAGCCAUGGAUGUUCUGCCCCUUUUUCUGCUCAAGGAACCUCUGAGCUGGGGGCCAGAAUAUAUUGGCUAUGCCAAUGCUGCCGGCUACAUGAUCUUUAUCACCAGUUUCCUGGGAGUCUUCAUGUUCUCCAAGUUUUUAAAAGACACCACCAUGAUCAUGAUGGGGAUUGUGUCUUUCUCAGUUGGCAUCCUCAUCAUGGCCUUUGUACGACAGACAUACCUGUUUUACGUUGCUCGUGCGGUGAUGCUGUUUGCCCUCAUUCCUCUGACAACCAUCAGAUCUUUGUUAUCCAAACAAGUAGAAGGAUCAUCCUAUGGAAAGAUGUUUGUUCUCCUGCAGCUCUCUCUUGUGAUCACAGGUGCUGUGACUUUAACAGCCUAUAAUAAAAUCUACCAAAAUACGCUGGGCUGGUUCAGUGGAUUCUGCUUCCUAUUGUCAUGUGGCAUCGGCUGCCUAAGCCUCAUCCCCAUCAGUGUUGUCGCAUGCAAGCAACGCACAUCCUCUGGAUCACUGGAGAUCUUAACCGACUAAGAGCAACCAGGGUCUGUCCCUGGUUCAGACACAGAUACAUGUAAUGUGGAGCCACUCCCAGAACCAAGCAGCCCAGUGGACGUGACUGUGCAAAAGAAAAUGGAGGUCUCUUGCCCUGUGAGGGACACUCAGGAACCGUUCACACUAUGAAAACAAUCUGGGAUGGAUCAGUGUUGAAUCCUUGGUGUUCACACACAUCCUGAAUGCACUCAAUGCACUUGGCAGCGGUUGGCAAAAACCCACUUAACCUGGGAUAUUCGAUACUGGGUUAUUGUUGCUUUACGUUUUCCUGAAAGAUCUGCAUUGUUGGCAGUGUGAAUAUGCUUCUGAAUUGAUUCGGAUUGCACUGUAACAGUAAAGGAAGGGAGGCGGCUCCAUUUUAACCCAAAACAAUGGCAUGUAUGAAUAACAGAAGGGUUAAAAUGACUCAAAGAGAUUCGCAAACCCAGAACAACAAACCUGAUAUGCAUCAGUGUGGCGAUCCACAUCUUCUGAGGACAAAAAAAAAAAGUGUGAAUGCCCCCUCAGAUUUUAGAAACUUGCCAUGGUAUUAUCUCAAGUGUCUGGGAUGACACAGCAAGUGGACAGGAUGUAGGCAAAGAUGUAGGCUGAUCUUGCUCCUGCUUUUUCUUUGGACCAGAAAUGCUUCUGGAAUCAUUUUGCUCAGGUCUGAUUCCAGUGUCGUUAAAAGUAGCUCCUUAAUAGCACUUUUGAAACAUAGCCCGUUUUAAUUGCUGGGUACCUUGUCACAUUACUAUGUAGAAGUAUAUUACUUUUAAAGAUAACUGGAAAGUAAUCCAGUACUUUCAGUUACCUUCUGUUACUGAUGUGGACUCAAGUCAAUUGACUCAAAUUCAGAUCAGAUUCAAGUCACUUCAAUGACUCGACUUGUCGGUUUGACAAUAAAUGAGGCACUAGCUCAACUACUCACAACUUGCAUGUUUUUUAGCAACUGACUUGCUGGUGUCAUUCACUGUGAGAGUGCAGGGUGUGUUUUUCAGAGGGGAACAGCAAACUCAUUAGGGAAUGGACCUGAGGUGGAAGGAUCCUUGUAAAGCUUUUGAAAAAUGGGAAUUUAAAAUCUGUAGAUCACUUCAUCCAUCAACAGAGCUGUUAGCUCUGUCGAUCUUCAAACAUUGCUUUUUGUUCACUCACCAACUUUAGAUUACAAUCUUAAAUGCUAUGUGUGUCAACUAAACUCCAUUCCAGUGUGUAAUGUCAUUAUUUUUUUUUAGAUAUGAAUGCAUACUACAGUAUUUGUACAGCAUACUACAGCAAAUCUACAGCACUAAAUAAAUAAAUAAAUAAAUAAAUAAU